AGGAGCAGCAGGAACAGCAGGAGCAGCAGGAGCAGCAGGAACAUCCUUCAGUCCUCCGCUUUCACAGCAGAAGACAAGAAAAUGAGGUGAAAGCGGAGAGGAUGUGUUUAAAACGGGAAUGAGACUUUAAGGUCGACGGGGAGGAAGCUCGUUAAAGGUGGUGUUGGUGCUGCUGUUGGUGUUGGUGCUGCUGGUGUUGGAGUCAUAGCAUCAUCAGCUAUAGUGUCUCUGCCUCCUCGCAUGUUGGCCACAGAAAAGGUGCAACAUUUGCGUGCUUGCUUGGUGUUGGCCGCCGCUUGCAGGCGAGGAAGGAAGGAGUAUUGUUCCAGCGUCAUCAAGGUGCCUGAGGCGAGCCUCCAGGAGGUCAGCGUUAUCAGUAAGACCUCAGGCGGCGCUGGGACGACUUGUCACUGAGACGUCUUUGGUCCAACUGAAUGGCGCACUGGAGCUGGAGCGCAUGUGGCGUUGCCUUACAGCUUAGAUAACAUUCAUCGAUCCACAAGUGCAGUUUGGACCGAGUACCAUCCGGGGUCGAUGCAUAUCCAAUAGUUUGAGGUCCUUGGACAUGCAGGGACGCAUCAGGACAAAACUGGAGCCCCAUCAGUGACCCCCAUGACCUCUGGUGAACUACAUAUUGGAAUUGAAGUGGAUACUUACCACAGGACUGAGAGGAUGAGCGCGUCGUGGUAGCUGGUCGGGCGCCGCUCAUCGUCCUCGGCCAUGACCCGGCUGAUGUUGGGCCGGACUCUGGAGCGCAUCUGUAAAGGUGUUCUGCUGCUCUGCUUGCUCCACUUCCUCAUCAUGAUGAUCCUCUACUUCGAUGUCUACUCGCAGCGCUUCGACCUCUUCAGCCGCUUUAACAACGGACGUAACAGUUCCCGGAAUAAUGCCAGCACCGGACAUCAUUUUUACUACUACAACAUAUCGAGGCCCAACGCCACCUUAGCAAACUUCCUGGCUGCGGGCGAGCAGGCGAGGUCGAGCCUGCGGCCAGAGACCAACCAGGCGCCUUCACCCAAGCCCUUGCCGCCGUGUCCUGAGAACCCUCCUGGCCUUGUGGGACGCCUGCUGAUCGAGUUCAGCUCCCAGAUGAGCAUGGAGCGAGUGCAGAGAGAAAACCCCAACGUGACGGAGGGGGGCCACUACACCCCCCCGGACUGCCGGCCUCGAUGGAAGGUGGCCAUCAUCAUUCCGUUCCGUCAUCGUGAAAACCACCUGAAGUACUGGCUCCACUACCUUCACCCUAUCCUCAGGCGGCAGAAGAUCGACUAUGCCAUCUACAUCAUCAACCAGUUGGGCGAGGAGACGUUCAACCGCGCCAAGCUGUUAAACGUGGGCUACACGGAGGCCUUGAAGGACGGCGACUACAACUGCUUCAUCUUCAGCGACGUGGAUUUGAUCCCCAUGGACGACCGCAACCUUUACCACUGCUACGAGCAGCCCAGACACUUCGCCAUCGCCAUGGACAAGUUUGGCUUCAGGCUGCCCUAUGCCAGCUACUUUGGGGGAGUGUCGGGCCUCAGUAGAAAACAGUUUCUGAAGAUCAACGGCUUCCCCAACGAGUACUGGGGCUGGGGAGGGGAGGAUGAUGACAUCUACAACAGGAUCACUCUGAACGGGAUGAAAGUUUCCAGACCAGACGUUCGCAUCGGCCGCUACAGAAUGAUUAAACACGAGCGGGACAAACACAACGAGCCCAACCCUCAAAGGUUUAAUAAGAUCCAGAACACCAAGAACACCAUGAAGAAAGACGGCAUCAGUUCCCUGAGCUACAGAGUGGUCCAGGUGAAGAGGUACUCGUUGUACACAAACAUCUCGGUGGAGAUCGGCAAACCUCCCCCCCGGCAUUUCCGCGGCUAGGAGAACACUGAGGAUGAAAACUUGCUCUUGCUUCUUCUGGCUUUGAAGCCAAACAUGAAGAAGCAAUGGGAAACAUUGAAGUGACCGCAAGAGUUGUGGACGACAUCAACAUGAAAGUAUUGCACAUGGAAUUUCUUUUCUACUU